AUGUCGCCACCGUUUGAAUGGCUGGUACAUAUUUUGGCGGGAGAUGCCCAAUGGUUGAAUGGGGAAUGGGAAAAAGCAAUGGCGUUAAAAUGGUGGUGGGCGCGACCUGGAAUUCUUAAAGAACUUCAUCUUCAAAAACUUGAAACCAUCACUUUAUAUAAUAUACGUAUUUUGAAAUAUUAUGAAUCAUUUAACCAAAAAAUUCUACAGAAUAAUCUUAAUUGCUCAAAUGAUAACAUAUUUUCGGAUUUUUCUCUCAUCACCAUCUUCCUCAUCAUCUAUUUUCGAAGAAUUCCUAUCGACCCAAAAUCAAUAUUAACACCAACUUACCUAGCAAAAAUACAUCAUCUCGCUGACUAUUAUCAUCUCUUCAAUAAAAACGACUACCAUGCGGCAUACAAAACAUUCUUGCAUGCACAGUUUCAGGAUGCUAAUAUUCUGGAAGAAGGUGAUUCCUCCAAUAAUAAUCAAAGUAGCGAUUUUGAUAAUGGUGAUACUGAUGUUAAUGGCUCGGAGGUUGAAGAGGUCAGGAAAAUGAUAGAACACGAAUUGCUAACAGACACUUCAUCCACACAAGGCUCAAUCCGAUUAUCUAUGAUUAGUGAUGUAAUUUCGAAGAUGAUGCGAUGA